AUGAACUAGUUUGAGAUGGAGACAAAGAAAUUUAUUGAUGAGUUAAAAAAUGGUGUAAGUAACAUAUUGGUAGCCAUUAGAGUAAGACCUUUAAGUUAGAAGGAGAGAAGUUUAUCAGAGUUUGAGACAAUUAGAAUUUUGGAUAAUAAGAUGAUUGUUCUUAUGGAUCCCGAAUAAGAAAGAGACGAGGAUUUAUUAAGAAAAAAUAGACUUAAAGAAACUAAUUUUGCAUUUGAUUUUGUUUUUGAUUAAUGGGCAACUUAAGAGAUGAUUUACUAAAAUACUACUGAAUUUCUAUUGGAGGGAGUGUUAGAAGGAUACAAUACAACAGUAUUUUGUUAUGGAGCAACAGGUUCUGGAAAAACGUUUACGUAAAUUGAAUCUAAAAUAAUUAGCAUGAUAGGUAAUCAACAGGAAGUGGGAUUGAUGCCAAGAGCAUUACAACAACUAUUUAAUUUUUCAAUAUAAGAUCGAUUUAAAAAUACUUAGUUUAAAGUUUGUUAUGUGGAGAUUUACAAUGAGAAUAUAAAAGAUCUUCUAACCUCUGAGGAUAAAAACCUAGAAAUAAGAGAAGAUAAAAAUAAUGGUAUACAAAUAGCUGGAGUGACAGAAGUAGAAGUUAAAACAGUUUCAGAAGUUUUAGCUCUUCUCAAAGUUGGCAACAAAAAUCGUUCUAAAGAAGCAACUGAUGCAAACAAGGAAUCCUCAAGAUCUCAUGCAAUUCUAUAACUCUAAGUUGAAAGUAAAGAUAGAGCAGGGGGACUAUAAGAAUCAGUUAUAUAGAGUAAAUUUAGCUUAGUAGAUUUGGCUGGGAGUGAAAGAGCCGCAAAUACAAAUAACAAAGGACAAAGAAUGAUUGAAGGAGCUAAUAUAAACAAAUCCUUAUUAGUUUUAGGCAAUUGUAUUUAAUCACUAUCAGAAGCAAAUGAAAAAGGUAUAAAAAAUCCAUUUAUACCCUUUCGUAAUUCAAAACUAACCCGUCUUCUCAAGGAUUCUUUGGGAGGAAAUUGCCGAACAGUCAUGAUCUCUAAUGUUACAUCUGCUGUUAGUUGUUUCGAAGAAACUUAUAACACUUUAGUUUAUGCAAACAGAGCUAAGAAUAUCAAGACGGUUGCUAGUCGAAAUGUCUUGAUGGCCCAAAAUCAUAUAAGCAAUUAUGCUCAAUUGAUUUAAAACUUAAGAUAGGAAAAUGAGGAACUAAAAUAGUUAAUUCAAUAGCAAUAACACAAUCAAAGUACUCACUAGUUAAAGCUACCAUUAAUUCAUUAAAAGAAUCAUCCAGUUCCUCAAAUAAGUUUAAAAUAGUAAGCAAAAUAAUUAGAAUCCAUUAUAAACUAAAAUGUUGAAGAUAUUACAGAAACAAAAAACAAAAUAUAUGAAAUGGAGGAGCAACUAAAUCAUUUUUAAUAAAAUAUUGGGUUUCUCUAGUUUUAAAAAGGUAGAACACAAGACAAAUUCGAAUAAAUGAGAUUGUAAGAGAGAAUGGAUAAUGCAAAAACUUAAAAAACUAUUAUAAAAAGAAGCUAAGAGGAUCUGGAAGAGUAAUUAUUAGAAUAUGAGAUGCAAAAAGUUGAUAUAUAAAAAUAGAUUUAAUAAAUUCAAGAUUCAAAUUACAAGAACUAUUUAAAUGGAAUUAUGAAAUAAGGUGAUUUUAAAAUAGAAACAGUUGAGAUAAAAAUUUAAGAAAAGAAAAGGAGAUAUUAAGAAUAAAUUUAAGAUGAAUAAGUCAAAUAAUUAAAAACAUAGAUCAAUAAAUAAUAAGUUAAAAUUGCUUAAAGCGCUAAAUAAAAAUCGAAUGGAUCUAAAAAAGUACCAAGCUUGCCUGGCGUUGAUUCCCCUUAUUACUCAUUAAAAGGUGGGUAAACUUAUAGUAUUUCUAGGUAAAAUAUGCUUUAAAAUAGAUAUCAAAAAAAUAAAUCCCAUUUAAAACUUCCACCUGUUUAGAUUAACUCAAUAAAUAAAUCGCCGAUAAAUUAAUAUCCAAGUCCUAAUAAAAAUAAUGAUCCAACGAAAUAUCGGCUAGAAUAAAAAUACUCCUCUCGAUUGAAUCGCCCUCCUUCUUUUCAUCCUCCAAGUUCCCAAAGUAAAUCUGCUAAAGGCAAAUAUAUGAAUCGUUCACUAGAUAUUGAAUCAGUUAAUGAAAGUGUUAAUAAGAAUUCUGUCGAUGUACAGAAUGAUAUUAGUUUAAGAAAGCUACAUAGGCUGAGAUAAGAAUACUAGUAAUAAAGAUUUGAAAAGGCUAUGAAUAAUAAAUCUAAUUAAAAGUCAAUGCCUUCCUUUGGUAAUAAAAUUUUGCUUCCAGGAAUGGUUCAUAAGUCCCCCUAUGUUAGAAACUUUUAAAACAAUAUUGAACCUAUUGAAUUAAAAAAAGAAAGGCUCAAAAUGUGGAAUAUCAAUCAAAAGGGGCAAGCAGGUGAUAAAUUUUAACUUUAUAAUUGA